ACUGAGGAUGACGGCGCUUGGAACCGACUGGCUGCUGGGCUUAAGGCUGGAGUAAUCGCCUGAGCUGUGAGGGGAGCCCUAAGGAGCGCCGGUCGACGUGAGUGAGAAAACCCGCGCAGUUCUGGGAGCGGAGCGAAACACCCGGGCCUACAAGACCGGAGCCUCCUGCGGCGUGAGGUAUCUUUCUGCGACCCGUGCUGUCACUGCAGCCCCGGAGCGCGGAGCCCUCAGCCAGGAGGCGCGGCUGGUCGGCCCCAGGCCCCGGCCUCCGUAAUGAGAGUCCCGAGCCACUAUCUGUGCCGCAGCCUCGCAGGUGAGGGUGACUUGACUAGUGAAAAAAGGGACCGAAGGUUCACGACUGUCUUCUUACUGGGAGUGGAACGGCCUUUGGAAACCUGCGACUCAUUCUCAUUAAAUAAAUCUCUGGAUUCCUAUAGGCAAUGGAAACUGAUCUCAGUUCCCAGGACAGGAAGGACCUGGACAAGUUCAUUAAGUUUUUUGCCCUCAAGACUGUCCAAGUGAUUGUCCAGGCUCGACUUGGCGAGAAGAUUUGUACUCGUUCAUCCUCAUCCCCAACGGGUUCAGAUUGGUUCAACUUAGCAAUCAAGGACAUCCCAGAGGUUACACAUGAAGCUAAGAAGGCACUGGCAGGGCAGCUGCCUGCUGUCGGAAGGUCUAUGUGUGUGGAAAUCUCACUCAAGACUUCUGAGGGAGAUUCCAUGGAGCUGGAAAUUUGGUGUCUUGAAAUGAAUGAAAAGUGUGAUAAAGAAAUCAAAGUUUCCUACACGGUAUACAACAGACUGUCCUUGCUCCUGAAGUCUCUCCUUGCUAUAACUAGGGUGACACCAGCCUACAGGCUCUCCAGAAAACAAGGGCAUGAGUAUGUCAUAUUGUACAGAAUAUAUUUUGGGGAAGUGCAGCUGAAUGGCUUAGGAGAAGGCUUCCAAACAGUUCGUGUUGGGACAGUGGGCACUCCUGUGGGCACCAUCACUCUUUCUUGUGCUUACAGAAUUAACUUGGCAUUCAUGUCUACCAGGCAAUUUGAGAGAACCCCACCUAUCAUGGGGAUUAUCAUUGAUCACUUUGUGGACCGUCCCUAUCCCAGCACCUCGCCCAUGCACCCCUGCAAUUACAGAACUGCUGGUGAGGACACUGGACUUACAUACCCAUCUGUGGAAGACUCUCAGGAAGUGUGUACCACCUCUUUUUCCACCUCCCCUCCAACCCAGUGUGUGUUUACUGUCACAAAGGCACAUUUUCAGACCCCUACUCCUGUGGUGACGGACACCCUGAGAGUCCCCAUGGCAGGACUGGCCUUUUCCCAUCAACUCUCAAGUUCUCGCCUUUCCUAUCAGCCUGCUGCCCUGGGCGUUGGAUCAGCUGACCUGGCUUAUCCAGUAGUGUUUGCUGCUGGCUUAAAUGCUACACACCCUCACCAGCUAAUGGUUCCUGGGAAGGAAGGCGGGCUACCACUUGCUCCCAACCAGCCUGCCCACGGCGCCCAAGCUGACCAGGAGAGAUUGGCAACCUACACCCCUUCUGAUGGGGCCCACUGUGCUGCCACACCUUCAAGCAGUGAGGAUACUGAAACCGUGUCAAACAGCAGUGAGGGACGGGCCUCCCCCAACGAUGUCUUGGAGACCAUCUUUGUCCGGAAAGUGGGAGCUUUUGUCAACAAACCAAUCAACCAGGUGACCCUGACCAGUUUAGACAUCCCCUUUGCCAUGUUUGCUCCCAAGAAUUUGGAGCUGGAGGAUGCUGAUCCCAUGGUGAACCCUCCAGAUUCCCCAGAGACUGGAUCUCCUCUCCAAGGCAGCCUGCACUCUGAGGGCUCCAGCGGGGGUAGCAGUGGUAAUACCCAUGACGACUUCGUGAUGAUCAACUUUAAACCAGCUUUUUCUAAAGACGACAUUCUUCCAAUGGACUUGGGGACCUUCUAUCGUGAAUUUCAGAACCCCCCUCAGCUGAGCAGCCUCUCCAUAGACAUUGGCGCACAGUCCAUGGCUGAGGACUUGGACUCAUUACCAGAGAAGCUGGCUGUGCAUGAGAAGAAUGUCAGAGAAUUUGAUGCCUUUGUAGAAACCCUGCAGUAAAAGUUGGUGUCCUCAAGUACCAGCAGCAUCCCCUUUUUUGUGGUCCCUGGGGACAGAGGGCUGCCUCCUCAUCAGCUGCUCCCAUUCCUACCCUGCUUCAAGAUGGUGGAGGGGAGGAUGAUUCCCCCAUGGAGGGUCCAGAAGUCCUGCUCUUGCACCUCCUGGAGACUCCACGGCUGCAGUCAAGCCCAGUAAUAGCAUUUGAAAGGACUUACCCUGUGGCCUUGGAGAUGGAAAAACCCUCUGUAACAAAAGGGUCCUCAGUGGGGCCAUCUGCUUACACUCUAUCCCCAACUGCUUCACAAAGGGUGACAUCCUAUCUGCCUGCUGCCAGCCUCCUAUCCUGGGUCAGCCCUGCAGCUGGCCGCUCGCCUGCCGUUACUGUCAACCACUUGACAUUCCAGCUGGUGGCCCAGAGACUGGUGUGGAGGCAGAAAGAGGAAGGAGACAGUGCUGAGAGGAAAGAAAGAAAGGGUCCUUUAGGCUCUCUUUGUUGUCUCCUUUAGUUCCGGGUAUCUUCUUCCUCUUUCUCUCCCCCUCUCUCUCCUCUCUGUCCCUGUGCCUGUACUUCUGGCAAUAUGACAGGCCUGUGUGCCCAAGAUGAUGAGAACUCCAAAGCCAGCCAGCCCCACUGUUGAAGGUUGUGUCAGUCCAUCCCUUAUCAUAGGCUACAAGCAGCCCUGGUGGCUGCCUGCGCUCAGCUUCUCGGCUACGUGGGAAGUAAAAACAGAAUCCUACAUCUCUAGAAUUCUGUCACUGAGAUUCAUAGGAAAGGUUCUUCUCUUUUCCUUUCCUCCCUCCCCCCAUUACUGCUCCUUGGUUAUAGAAUACAGUAAAUAUUUAUUACUUUCAGAGAAGUCAGAUAUUUUAUAGAGAAAAUAUGUUUGAGGUUAGUUGUUUUCACUUGGGGAAGGUGGCGGGCCUCUUCCUGGAGUUGGGACCUCCUCCUCUGGAGGUUCCUCAGAAUCCAGAUUGCUGCUCUGAGGAUCCUCCUUUCUGUGACAUAUAAGAUGGGAUCCAAGAAUAGGGCUGGCUCGGGGCCAAGUAGCCUCCUAGAGUCGCUGGAUUUGAACUGACCACAGGCUUUACCGUGGACACCUCAAUGUUCCUGGUGAGAACCUUGAGUCUUCACAGCUUCUGCAGAGUGACUGACUCCGUUCUGGCAGCCCAGGAAGUCUUGCGUGUUAAAUGUGAUGACUCCCCAGAGCUGGGCCACAUUCAGUGCCCAGGGGCAUUGUGCGUGCCCCCCAGUGGACUAGAGAAGGCCAGACGUCUCUGCUGCUGGUGUACUUGUUCCUGAUCCUUGGGGCUGGGCUGACCUCUUCCUCCUUCCACUUGGGCCUGGCCACCAUCUCUCUUUAAUCCCAGGGCCUGCACACUGCCCCGGGGUUCACUAGUUGGAUUGGUUCCUUGUUGAGAAACCAAAGCUGGGCAUAUGAUUGACUUAACCCUUCAGGCAUUGUUACAUGAUUAAGUCAGGUACCUAGCCUUGCUCACCACCUGUCAUCUGUCCAUCUCCCAGCCUAACUAGUAGCCCUGGCCAAGGAAACUCGCCUGCCCCAUUCCCCCUGGCCCACCUGGGGUGUUCAUUGGCAGCAGCUGUUCUUCAGUGGAGCAGGUGGCUCUCAACUGCUUGUUAGUAAACUGCAUGUGACACAGUUCCACCUACAAGGCUGACCUUGAGGGCUGGAAGGGGCUCUGCUGUCUCAGCUGAGGCUGAGCCCAGCCCUGUGCAUGCAUUCUCCUGCCACAAAGAAACAGUCCCAGCAGUGGUGUCCAAUGGCCCUCCUAUCGUAGGGCCAGGGCACUUCUCUGUGUUGGCCACACCCAUAGCCUGCUAAACCAAUCCACAUUUACCCCUAGGCUCCAGGGCUGAAAAGGGUGGAGGCCCCUGUUAAGUUAUUGAUAGCCCCCCAUCUCAGCUGUCUUUCCGAGGCCUUGCAUGGAAAGGCCUGUUAGCCAUUGUCCCAAACAGUCCUCUUCAGCUCCUAGUUGUUGGCCUGUGCAGACAGCAGCCUUUCUCCAGGACCCCACUAGUGAGAGGCCAGGGAGGGUGAGCCCUGACUUCAGACUGAGUCUGGGAGCAGCAAAGCAACUGUCAAGGCCGGCCCUUGCCCCUCAGCCAUGUACAAUUAAAGGUAUGAGCCCUAGACUGAACUUCACCCUGGGAUAGGGCUGGGACCAGACAUAUGUCUCCAGGUGGCAGCAUCCCUUCUCCUCCAUCCUACCUUGUUUGGAAUUACUGAGUUGCAAUUUAAAAUGUAUUAAAGAGAUUUCCAGUAAAUUUUUUUCUGUACUUUAACAGCCUCCUGUCCUGCAAGUUGUCUGAACACCUAGCUCACCCUCCAUC